UACAUUGGCAGCAGCUCGAAGGCAAAGCUACCUAGACAGUCGAACUCACAAUUGCCAGUGUUACUGAUGACUGAAAAUCCUAUCGAGGAUGGUGCUCCCACUCCCAAUGCAACGACGAAUGAGGCUCCGCCAGAAUGGCCUCUGUCCUACCAGCUCAACCUGCCCAAGCAAACGGCCGGCCAAACGUCACGCAAGCCAUGGUUCCACCACGGUCUCUAUCGCGGCCCACAGAAGAGGCCUGUGAAGAUUCUAUACAGCCAAACGAAAGAGCAGUCAGAGGCUAUUGCCCGACAAUUCCUUGAAGAAACCGUCUUGGGAUUUGAUAUGGAGUGGCCAUGGGACUCACAUAAGCGCACGCGACUACAGGAGAAGGUGGCUCUCAUACAAAUCGCUUGCGAGAACAAAAUUGCGCUAUUCCACAUUGCCAUGCAUCCUGGGAAGACGGCAGGCGAUCUCAUUGCACCAUCGCUGCGGAAGAUCAUCGAGAGCCCUGACAUACUGAAGACCGGCGUUGCCAUCUUGAACGCCGACUUCUCGCGACUAGUCAAAUUUUUCAGCUUCAAACCUCGAGGUGCAUUCGAGCUUAGUCACCUCCACAAUCUUGUUGAAUAUGGAGCUGCACAACCCCAGCUGGUGACCACCAAGCUUGUCAAGUUAGCUCACCAGGUAGAGCAUCACCUCGGCCUCCCGCUAUUCAAAGGCCAAGUGCGGAUAAGUGAUUGGAGCAAACCGCUGAGUCCACAACAAAUCAAUUAUGGCGCAAACGACGCGUAUGCUUCCUUCAUGCUGUUCCCCUGUAUGAAUGCAAAACGAAAGGCCAUGGACCCGGUGCCACCAUUGCCGUUGGCGGCGGAAACGUACUUGCCCUAUACAAUGCCGCCGAACAAAAGUCUUCACUUACACUCCGCGAAUGCAGAAGAUGCCAUGAUCACUGCUGAGGAAUUCUUCAAAGAAGCUUUGGAUGCGGCGGAAGAGGAAGAUGUCGAGCCUACUGAUCCUCCUCUCCCAACACAUCUUUUUCAACGCCUUGUCCAAAGUCGGAAGAUACUUGCUGGACUCCACAAAGUCCCACCAUACGUUAUUGCUGCAAAUUCAGUACUGGAGGAUCUUGCACGACAGCGUCCGACUAACGAGGCCAGCCUGUUGCAAGUCAAGGGUGUUGGCAAGCAGAAGGUGCAAAAAUACGGCGCAGAAUGGCUGGCAGUCAUCGCGAAGGAGGAGACUACCAACACCUUGCAGCAAAUUCAACUGGAUGGGAAUCCCCAGUCUCUAACGACCCCGAGGCGAGAUAGCAAGCGUAGGAUGAUUGCCACUACAACUGGAGGAGGCGAACAAUCUUCCUUCUCUCCGCAACUUCAAACCGGUCUAUUAUUUGAGCUGGAGGGCGAAGUGCUUGCUGAUGACAAACUUGUGGCUAAUGAAGACAACUCUUCCAGCGACUGCUCAUCGGCAUUUGGUACUCCAGUGCCGUUGCCAACAGCAUCACAGCUCAAACGCAAACGCCACCGGAGCCCCUUACGCGAGCUGGAUCCAAUUAGGGGGCCACCACAAUCAAAGCCUACUAGAACGACCUCAUUCUCGCCCAAGUCACAGAGGACUCUUCAGAACAAAAUCGUCGCAUUUGGCAGACAAGUCACGUGGAAACUCAAGCUCAAGCCUCAAGAGCCAUUGGUCUCGGAAGAAACGGCUAAGCUGAUCGUCGCAAAACCUCCUCACACUUCUGAAGAACUACAGAUCAUUCCGGGGAUCAUGCCUUUUGUCCGGGCGUGUUCAGAGACCAAGAUGGACUUAUUGCAAGCUGUCAAAAAGUGGAUACCAACUCCACCUGGAGCCUCAGCAUGAUAUAUGCUGGGAGUCAUCUUGUCUGAUUUCUCGAGCUUAGUGCGUGUCUUCACUGGACACCUAGAUGGCAAGAUAGGAUUGCGGAUUAUGAAUGCAAUUAGCCAUAGGUUGUAGAACACCCCUUGUUAAGUCGAAGAUAGCGCCUUGUUGGUCGCAAUGCAGAUGAUGAUCUCAUUGCUAUAUUUUCCACAUGAUUGCCCUAUGCUCGACUUCGGUUUGAUCUUUGCCGUUGCCGUUGCCCCGUCGCGUUGUCGCGAUUGGGCAGUUGCAGUUUGGGCAACUCGCUGGUUGUUCAUCCAAUAAGAGCUGACCGCGUUUAACGGAUUGAGCGCCACAGUAAUGCCCUAGCCGAAACCGGUACAGUUGCUAGUGUAGCUAGUGGGCCAAACCCUUCCUUAGAGAGUACCUUAUAGAGCCUCUUUACACACAUAGCACAACACGUAGAUCAGGUAUAACGGUCAACACGACAUCCGUUCAGAGUCAUCAACAGAG